AGGUCAUGUUUACAGCUCGGUAGUAUGUCAUUCAUAAAGUAAAAUCUUAUCUUUCAGUGUGACCUUUAUAGUAAGUCUAUAGUAAAAACCACGUGGACUAAGAGGUCCCUAAUUUUUCGUCUGCUGGUCCAUGUCAUGUUUUAUGUAACUUCUGAAAACUGUUACAUCAGUGUCAGGAUUUUUGUCGAAUUAUUGAUAAAGUUUGUCUUUAUGCCCAGCGUUUUGUGGUCCGUUCAAAUUUAUAGACUUUUACAAACGAAACAUGACAGGGAAUGUACCGACAAAGGCAAACAGCUUUCAUGUUUUAUCUACAUCAUGUGAAGUGGAAAAUGCUUUAAAUUUCAUGAAUAUCAAUAUAGUUUUCACAUUCAGGCAUAUGGAUCAAAAUAUUUGUAGACUUGUCAAUUUGUUGGUCUUGAAAAAUAAGAUGAUUAGUACUCUGCAGUGGAAUAUCCUAUGAUCAUGAGUGAAACAUGAACAGGAUAAUUUUCUGAUUGGCUGACCUCAUCUGGCGCGUGUGAAUUCGCGCGCGUCAUUUGGCGCAAUGUUAAAACGGGCACUCGGUCAAAGAUUUGCCGCUCUGGGUAUAAUCAUCAGCAAGUCCACAGUUAACGGCAGUCACCUGACAAAGUUUAUCCCUAGCAAAACAGGGUAUCACAAAAAAAGGCGAGAAUGGCGUCUAUACCUGAUGAAUACCUGUGGAUGGUAAUUGUUGGCUUCAUCAUAGCCUUUAUUCUGUCCUUUGCCAUCGGAGCAAACGAUGUGGCCAAUUCUUUUGGGACAUCAGUGGGGGCGAAAGUCCUGACCCUGAGGCAAGCUUGUAUCCUGGGCAGUAUAUUUGAGCUUCUAGGGGCCCUGCUUAUUGGUUAUCGAGUAUCGGAUACGAUACGGAAAGGAAUCAUCGAUGUAGAACUAUAUAACGGGACAGAGAGUACUUUGAUGGUCGGAAAUGUAGCCGCCCUGACAGGGUCGUGUGUGUGGCUAUUUGUGGCCACCUUCCUGAAGCUCCCGGUCUCCACCACCCACAGCAUUGUUGGCGCCACCGUGGGAUUUGCACUGGUGGCCCAUGGAGUUAAAGGAAUCAACUGGAUGAAGAUGGGCUUCAUAGUGGGAUCCUGGUUCAUCUCUCCGGUGCUGUCUGGUUUGAUCAGUGUUCUGGUUUUCCUGGCCAUCAAGAUUCUGGUUCUGAACCAAGAGAAGCCCCUGGAGCCUGGUCUUAAACUUCUCCCAUUGUUUUAUGCCCUCACCGCUGCUAUCAACCUGUUCUCUGUCUUCUACAAGGGAUCCGCUUUGCUCCACUUCGAUCGCAUUCCCCUCUAUGGAGUGUUCAUCAUAACCUUUGGAGCGGCUAUUAUUGUUGGUAUAGUUGUCAGGAUUGCAUUUGUUCCGUGGUACCGUAAAAAAAUCCAAAAAUAUUUGGAAGAGUGCAAAGUAGAAGAUACAGAAAAGGGAAAAGAUGUUGAAACUUCGUUGGACAAUGAUGACGUCUCCCGACGCCAGUUGAUAGAUGAUGAAAAUAAGGAGAAUUUAGGAAAAAAUGAGCUGGAGGUGACCCCAAGUGGAAAGAAGUUCCCAAUGGGUGCUAGCAUAGCACUUCUAAAUGAAAACCUGUUGACUCCUCCACUGCUGAACGGAAACAUUUUAAAAGAAAUAGACCUUGGCACUCCACAAACAAAAAUCCCUAGCAAUUUCUCCACCCCAGAGUCUGAUACUUCUUGCCAUUCCUCUCAACCCCUGCUGUGUUCAAACAACUCCAUCAAAGAUGAGAGUGUUAAAGAAAAAAGUAACCCUGGGGAGAGUAUUGAGAGCAUUGUAGAUGUGAAGGUUGAGGAUGAUUUGGAGACAGGAAGGAACACUGUCAGGGAUAAACCGGAGACCGUGAAACUGUUCUCCUUCCUACAGGUUCUAACCGCCGUGUUCGGAUCGUUCGCUCAUGGAGGCAACGACGUCAGCAAUUCCAUUGGACCUCUUGUUGCCUUGUGGAUAAUUGGUUCAGAGGGAAGUGCAGCUCAAAAGACACAGACCCCCAUCUGGAUCCUGCUCUACGGAGGGGCCGGAAUCAUCAUUGGGCUGUGGGUAUGGGGGAGAAGGGUCAUCAAAACCCUGGGAGAGGAUCUUGCCAAAACUACCCCCUCAAGUGGGUUCUGUAUUGAGGUUGGUUCUGCUUUGACUGUUCUUCUGGCGUCCAACGUGGGGAUCCCUAUUAGCACCACCCACUGUAAGGUUGGCUCGGUGGUGUCGGUGGGGCGUGUCAGGUCCAAACAGAACGUGGACUGGAAGCUUUUCAGGAACAUCAUCCUUGCCUGGGUGGGGACGGUCCCCAUUGCUGGCGCCAUCAGUGCCCUGGCCAUGUACCUCCUCAUGUUCGCCGUCUGAUCUGACAGGAAGUGAUGGACAAGGGUAUAUGUGAAUAAACAAUAACUCUUAGGUGCUGAAAUUCUCACUCGACGUGUGAGGGACUGAGGGUAUAAUGCGUACAUUCCUGUGUUUUGGGGUCCAGCAGAAAAGGAACUCGCUGGAUGAGGGUAAUCUCACAGAGAGGAAGAUCUGAUCUGUUCAUAAACGUGACAAACUGUCAAUCAUCCUACCUCAUUCUGAAGUAUAAGUAUUUAUAUUGAACUACCUUAAAAAACACAAAAGUUAAACAUCAUUUCAGACACAAAAUAGCUCUUGUUCAAAAAGUUUUAUAGCGUAUUGUUGAUAAACAAAGGACCUCAAGAAUUCAGCUAAUAUCAGUACAUGUAUAUGUAUCAGAAAGUGGACGCAAAUGAAACUUAUUCUUGUUGGGUAAUUUUUUUAAUGAUUUUUCCUUUACUCUUUAUUUUUGUUGUAUGUGCAUUACAGUAUGUAAAAAUCAACCAAAAACCACAACGAUGCUAUUGAAUGUGUGAGAAUAUACUGAUGUAAUAAUGAAUGAAAUCUAGUCCCAUGCUGUAAUUUAUUAGUAGGUCUUUAUUCGGGGUACACGUGGAUGUGAUUGGGGAGAGGGGAUACUCCUCUCUUGGUCAGAAAAACUGCUUGGAAAGCACAUUCUAUGUAUUACCAAAAGUAUAAUAUGUAUAUCAGUAAUAGUGAACAGGUAAAUGUCUAACAUCCCUGAUUCAUUUAAAAAAAAAAUAGAUAUAAACUAUAAAAACAAACAAAAAAAGAGAAUUGUAUUGUAAACAGAAAAAAAAACCAUAAACUAUUAAAAAAAAGGGAAAAAUAUUUAAAAAACCAAAAAAAAAACCAAAAAAAACAAAAUACAUGUACCGGUAGUUAUAGAAAAUGUUAACUUGGUAAUAUAUAGAAUGGAGUCUUUCCUUGUCAUCCUUAGAAAUCCUUGAUUUGACUGCUGUAUGUUUUUUGUUUUUGCUGCCUAAUUUUUGUAUACAUGAAGUGUUUGUGUGUUCAAGUUAAUAUUGGGAUACUUGUUGCGUUUUCCCCUGUUUUUAGAUGUAGUUGUUCAUUGUAUAUAUCAUCAUCUGCAUUGGGAGAUGUCUGAUUUACCCUGUGAUCAAAUCUUGUAAAAAAAAAAACCUGUUGAAAAGGCUAAGUUUGACAUCCUAAUAGAUUGACUUUCAAUCCAUUACUUCAUAUCUGUGAUAAACAAAAUAUUCGUAAUAAAACUACAUGAUAUUUCACCAAACCUCUAUGUACCCAGUAGAAGUGUAUAAUUUGACAGGGUACAUUCUAAACGCUCUCGCAACACAAACUUUCAGGGACGGACUGGAGAGUGAAAUAGAAUGUGCCAAAGUUUCUGAUCUGAACUCGUUAAUUUAUUAAUGAUCAUGUCACUAAAGAGGAGGAAUCUUUAGGUAACACAAAAUUAUAUUUUCAAUAAGUGCAUGUUUAAAACAUGUUUCCCUUUUUUAUAAUGAGCCCUUUUUAGCUGCCAUUGAUGGCAAAUGGUGUGUAAAAAUAUUUUUAAUAUGUAUAUUAAGACCCACUAAUUUUGUUCACAAUGAGGUUUUAUAUUGAAGAUUUCAUUGAUGUGCAUAAUAAUUAAUUUCUGUGAAAUUUUUCUUUACAUAGACAGUUUAUAAGAUAAGACUGCCAACUAUUUUUAUUUAGAAGUGCUGAGUUUUUAAGUGCUUGGACUUCAUUGAAGCCUUUACAACGAUGUUCGAUGUUAGCAUUAUGUUCUGAAAUCAUUGUUUUACAGCUCAGUUUGAGUGCAAAUGAAGUAAGGUUAAAUUGUUUGGAAAUCUUUUAUUUAAUAAAACACAUCAGUUUAUAUGUAAAGUGUGGUUGAAGUUCAUAAUAAUCUCUUUUCCACACCUUGAUUAUUUUGCUUUAAUGAUAUGAAUUUUCCAAAAAAAAAUUGGAAUUUUACUAAAGUGUUUCAAAAGUGUUAACAAUAUCAGAAGUCUUUGUCAAAAAUUAAUGUAGUUAUCUUUAACUAAUUCAUGACGUCUUUGUUUGGCAAAAUAUGACAGUAGUCAUCUUUUGACCCAACUAGUAGUCAUUAAUUGGAAUAAAUGGCAUAUCUAUUAGUAUGAGAUGAUGAACUUCAAGAAUUUUGCCAAAUUUAUAUUACCACAAAUGUACUAAAUGAAAUUUUUCUUUCUAAUUGUGAAUUGGAUUUGUGUAAAAUUCAAACUGAGAUGUCAGCAAUAAUUUAGAUAAAAACUGUGUUAAAUUUUGAAUAAAAAAAAAUUGAAACUGCCAAUAA